UUGGACCACUUAACCGGAAACCGGUCCUGACCGGUUAUGUUUCCGGUUCGUUUUUAAAAACCUUGCUGAUGAGUGAUGACGAUGCCCCCACUUUGAAAUAUCGACACAAUUCGAGGGUAUUUUAUUUUCCCUGUCCAAUGUCAAAAAUAUCAAUAACCUUAUCCAAAUUGUGUGAAGAAAAUUUGUUUGUAAGCCCCAUAAGAAAAUUGGACGAUUCGAUUCUUAUACCGUUUUUGACGACGAUACUCGAGAGGAUCAACAAUCAAAGCACCUUCCAUGUUGGUUCACCCUAUUCCAAUGGCACGCCUCAUGCUUACUCCUACGAACCAAUUCCCCUUGGAAACGAAGGUGCAAACCCUAUCUGUAUUAGAAAGGUGUUCCGACAUGGAAGAGAUAAAGCAAAUCCAUGCCCAAUUGUUCAAAACAGGUCUGGUUCUGGACAGUACCCCAGUUACCAAGCUUCUCACAUUUUCUGCUACAUCAGUUUCCGGAAACUUGGCAUACGCCCAGCUAGUAUUCGACAGCAUUCAGCAACCUAACAUCUUUAUGUGGAAUAUAAUGAUCAGAGGCUAUUCAAACAGCAAAGAGCCUGAACGAGCUUUGCUCCUCUAUCACCAAAUGCUCCGUGAUUCUGCCUUACCUAAUCACUACACCUUCCCUUUCCUGCUCAAGGCAUGUGCCACUCUAUCAGCAUUGGAGGAAACCCGGCAAAUCCAUGGUCAGGUUCUGAAGACAGGCUUUGCUAUAGAUAUUUAUGCUGCCAAUUCACUAAUUCAUGCUUAUGCCAAAUCUGGUAGCCUCACUUCGGCCCAUCGACUCUUUGACAGGGUCCAAGAACGAGACAUCGUCUCUUGGAAUUCAAUGAUCGAUGGGUAUGCGAAGUGUGGAGAGAGAGAGAAAGCUCAUGAACUGUUUACUAAGAUGCCUAGAAAGAAUAUCAUAUCCUGGACAUCUAUGAUCACUGCCUGCGUUAGGGAUGGUUUCUUCAAGGAAGCCUUGAGUUUCUUUUACGACUUGCAGAAUGAGGGCAUCAAACCAGAUGGUGUGGCACUGGUCAGCACACUUUCAGCAUGUGCGCAUCUGGGAGCAUUAGAUCAAGGUAGAUGGAUUCAUGCUUACAUUGAUAAAAUCGGGAUCCAAAUUGAUCCCAUUCUUGGUUGUGCCCUUGUGGAUAUGUAUUCCAAGUGUGGUGAUGUGGAAGAAGCUCUGCAAGUUUUUAAAAAUACAAAAGAGAUGGGAGUUCCCGUAUGGACAGCCAUGAUUGCAGGAUUUGCAAUACAUGGGCGGGGAAGAGAAGCCCUUGACCUCUUUGACAACAUGCAGAAAGCAGGAAUCAAACCCAAUGCAAUCACUUUCACGGGGGUUCUGACUGCAUGUAGUCAUGCAGGAUUGGUUGAUGAGGGGAAAUUUUUAUUCCAAAGCAUGUGGAAGGUAUACAAUGAGACCCCUUCAAUAGAGCAUUACGGGUGCAUGGUCAACCUUCUGGGUCGAGCUGGACAGCUGAAGGAAGCAAAGAAACUGAUUGAGACAAUGCCCAUGAAACCAACUGCAGCUAUUUGGGGAGCAUUACUUAAUGCCUGCAAUAUUCAUGGUGACUUCAAUUUAGGCAAGCAAUUAGGAGAAAUCCUAAUUGAAAUGGACCCCAGCCAUGGUGGCCGAUACAUUCAUUUGGCAAAUAUAUUUGCAGCAGAGGGCCAGUGGGAUCAAUCUGUGAAAGUGAGAAAGCUAAUGACGGAUAGAGGAGUUUCAAAACUUCCAGGAUGCAGUUUGAUUAGCUUGAAUGGAGUUGUACAUGAAUUUCUUGCUGGAGAUCAUUCCCAUCCACAAAUAGAGAAGAUUUAUCUCAUGUGGGACCAAAUUGCAGAAAAACUGAGGCAGGAAGGAUAUGUUGCUGCAACUGGAAAUAUAUUGCUUGAUCUAGAGGAGAAAGAAACCGUGAUUCACCAACACAGCGAGAAGCUAGCUAUAGCUUUUGGAUUCAUAAACACUGCACCAGGAACACCAAUUCGAAUCAUUAAAAAUCUUCGAGUAUGUGAGGACUGCCACACAGCAACAAAAUUCAUCUCCAGGAUUUACUCUCGCGAGAUUGUCAUGCGUGACAGGACUAGAUUCCACCAUUUCAAACAUGGAAACUGUUCUUGUGGGGAUUAUUGGUGAAGAGAGUGAAGGUUCAUGUG